UUAGGAGGAGGUAAAGUCCAUAAAUUAGUUUUAAAUACAUGGCCGGAUAAACGGAACAUGGUUUGGGAGUUACAUGCAAGCAAAUUGAUGCUCCCUCUGAUUUGGAGGAGCCACCUGCGCUGUUAGCCUCUUCGUCCUUCACUCCUUUAGAGGAGGGUAAACAGAAGCCCUCAGGAAAGGACAUGCAGCCAGAGAGAAGAGCACAGAGCUCUAUUCUAGAUAAUGAGAUGGAGCUCUUUUUUAAAGAGCACUGUCCAUCAAGAGCACUGCCCAUCAAGACCUCCAGCCCCAUACAUUCGGCCCAGCAGGAUGGAGACAGAACAAUCUCUCCACUGCUCUCUGAAGAUGAAGACCAAAACCCUGUACAGCAGCCUUUCUCCACCCUGAAGAGACAAGCAGCAGAAUGCACAAAUGUGGAGUCAGAAGAACCUUCCCAAAGAAACCUUUCUCUGGCAGUGGAACCGAAAGAACCAAUUUCAGCCAAGAUUGUGUUCCAGACAUCUGAGAAGAUGACCAUUGUCCAGCAGCCUGCAACGAAGGCUGCUGCGUUCCAGCCGCCGGAGACCGCAAAGGAAAACCAGGAAGGAAAAGUCACAUCAUCCUUUCUGCAGAGGCUGAGAAAAGCUGGUCAAUCCAAGCCUACAGGAAAAGUGUUAAUGCCGUUUCCAGUCAGAGAAGCUCCUGCCAUCGAGCUGGACGAUGACUUCCUGAUCUUGGAAGAUGAGGCUCCUUCAAGGUUUCGCUUCCGCAGGAAGCCUGACCCCAACAAGACCACAGCCAGACCACAACCGAAGCAGGAGGACCAAUCACAGGGUAAAGAGAAUACGAAAAACCAGAAAAAGUCAGAUACCGCUGGAGAGGAACUAGUUUCUAUGGAGGAAGACCAGAGAAAGGUGGAAGAGGAAGCUGCCGACUCCCACCAGGAGGAAGCAUUGCUGGACAGUCAGGAAUCAGAGAAGAGGAAGAGGUGUAAGCCUGGCCCUUGGUGGCGAACCAGCGUUGUCAACACACCGGACACCGAGACUGACAACACGCACACAAGCAACAACCCAACAACGAAGCCUACCAGACUGUCCUCUGUGAAGGCAAGGCUAAAGGAAAGGCUGUCAAAAUCCUCUUCCAUUCAGACUGCAGAGAAGGAAGCCAAAAGAAGGUGCAGAGCUCAGAGGCUAACCAUAGAGGAGGAGCCUGAGAGGCCUGGAAUUCCCAGCCCUUUAAGACUGCUCCCUCACACUGCAAGUGAGGUAUUUGACUUGAUCUACACCUGCGCUUCACAGUCCAAGAAAGCCCAGUCCUCUGACAUUAACCACUAUACCCCUGACCGUAUAGUCAGGAAGCUGCUGUGCCCAGACGCGCCACACAGACCCAGCAGAAGGAAUGCUCCUGGAACCUGGUGGAAUAUCGCUGUCUGCUCUGAGAAUAUAGGCUGGAGAAGUCCAGUCCUUCUACCCCAGCACCUGUCCUCACUCCCCAGCCCCCUGUCCUUACUCCACAGCCCCCUGUCCUUACUCCACAGCCCCCUGUCCUUACUCCACAGCCCCCUGUCCUUACUCCACAGCCCCCUGUCCUUACUCCACAGCCCCCUGUCCUUACUCCACAGCCCCCUGUCCUCACUCCACAGCCCCCUGUCCUCACUCCACAGUCCCCUUCCCUUACUCCACAGUCCCCUGUCCUCACUCCUUAGCCCCUUGUCCCUACCCCCCAGUCCCCUUACCCCCCCUGCCCCUUGACCUGGAGGACGUCGGUGGAAGAAAACCACCCGACACAGAAGAAACAUGUAGGAACUGUUGCUUCAUGGUGUUUAGGUUGAGUAGCUGAACAUAGUCAUACUUUCAGAAGAUGUACUUUAUUUUGUCAACAGGUCAAGAGCUUUUGAAAGCGAUGCAUGAUUGAACUGGAGGAUUAUGAGAAUUAAGAGGUCUGAGUAAAUGUAUUUUAAUGAUUGAACUUGAGGAUAAUAAAAAUUAAGAUGUA